AUGGAAGGCGCAUCUAAAGGAUCCAACGAAAUCGUAACAGAUAGUAAACAUCUGGAUCUCACCUUCAAAUCAUUUUCUAACAAGUUCUUGAAAACGACAUCCCUGCAUGUACUGGACAAUAUUUGCUCCAAUAGUUCACCUAAGGUUGGUCGAUUCGUCUAUUUGAUCAUUUUGAUCCUACUCAUAUUAUUAUCCUCGUACUACACCGCAGAAAUCUACACGAAAUGGUGUAACUCUCCAGUCUUACUUGCAGAGAGCACUGUAGGAAUACCUAUAACUGCAGUCGCUUUUCCGGCAAUCACUAUAUGUAACCUGAACCAGGCUAAGCGGAGUGUUGCGGAGAAAAUUGAGAGACACACCUGGGAUUAUAUUCGUUUGAAAGUUCUAUGCAAAUUCAACACUGAUGUCAGUUUUCUGAACGAAACCAAAGCAACCCAAUGGACAGCUUUUCGUGAAUUCAUCCUGAAUACCAUACAGACUUGCGAAGAGAUGAUUCUGGUCUGCCGUUAUGGCUCUGUCUCGUUAAACUGCAAUGAUAUCUUCGAAAUGAUUCUUACCGAUCAAGGAGUUUGCUGCAGCUUUAACGCACUUCAUCCUGAUUUUGUUUAUACAGGAAAUAGUAUGGAAAAGGUACUAGAUAAGGACAAAAAUUAUAGUAUUCGAACUCCUGUUCGCUUCACGGCCGAACACGGAUAUCAGCCUAACUUGCCGGAAGAGUUCUAUCCGAGAAGGAUCCUUGGCACAGGCGUUGCAAUGGGGUUUAGUGUAGUCAUAAAUGCAUCCUUAAAUGAGUAUUAUUGUUCUUCUUCACGGAAUUCGGGUUUCAAGAUCCUUUUACACGCUUCAUCGGAAGUUCCGCGCGUAGCUGACUAUGCACUUUUAAUACCCACGAAAUACGAAAGCAGAGUUGAAAUCAAACCUGUAUAUCGCACCACAGCAGAAGAUGUCCGUAAACUGCCAGUAAGGGAUCGUAAUUGCCUCUACAAUUCAGAAUCCAAUCUGAAGUAUUUCCAAGUGUAUUCAUCGGUUAAUUGUGAACUGGAAUGCACCGCGAAUAUCAUGGAGGAAGAGUGUGGAUGCGUCCAAAUUUAUUUGCCGAAAAGGUCAAACGAAACGCUAAUAUGUGGAUUGAGAGAUAUUCAAUGUGCACAAAGAGUCGAGAGGGAAGUCAUCAAUCUUGUCAAGCCAAAAGGGAAGUGCGCCGAGUGCCGUUGGAGUUGCUCAUAUUUUGACUUUCCGGGAAGUGCAUCGCGAAGUAGACUCCUUCCAAAGGAUCCAAUGCUUGAUGAGCUGUUCCCCGCAGGAUACAAUAUAAAUGAAUUGUCCGUAGUUCAUUUUUAUCAUAGUCACAGGAGGAUGAGCGUUACAAGAAUGGAAGCCUAUUUGGGAUUUCUUAACUUUUUCUCAAACAGUGGAGGAAUUUACAGUUUAUUCUUGGGAUUCAGCAUACUCUCGCUCAUUGAACUUGGAUAUUUUGCAGUGCUAUUAUUGGUGAAAGUUAUCAAAUGGCAACGAGAAAGAAAGCAAACUGAAACCGCUAUGAAGUCACUGCCCAAAAUUAUUUACUGCGUUACUCAAGAAGAUAUUCUUGCACAAAAGGUUAUCAAUGGACACACUGCAAGCAAAUAUAUGCAUUUAUAA